GAGUUGUGAUGAUCUCACAGCAGUAAAACCAGUGUCUGUCAUUGUUGGGACUACUGAUGUGGAAACUUGUGAAUCUGGUAAAGAACUUGAAAGUGUCAAGGCUACUUCAACUGCAGAGAUAGUCAUGGGAGCACCUGAAACAACAAGUCCAAAGGUUUCACAAGAACUUCCUCCUAAGGACGAAACACAGACCAAGGAAAAGCCUGACAGUCGGAUAACUAAAGCUACUACUGUGGAAGAAACAAAGGUUGUACCAAAAAGGAGAAAAUCAAGAGAAGACCCUGUCAGUCAGAAGCCUUCAACUACAAGUGUGGUCACGAGCAAGUCAAAGAGUCCAAAGGUUUCACAAGAACUUUAUCCUAAGGAUGAAACACAGACCAAGGAAAAGCCUGACAGUCAGAUAACUGAAGCUUCUAUUGUUGAGGAAACCAAAAGUAGGAAAUCAAAAGAAGACCCUGACAGUAAGAAGCCAUAUUCAACUACAGAUGUGGUCAUAGGACCAACUGGUAUUACUGUUGUGGAAAAGGGAACGAUGUCACCAACCAAAAGCAAGCCAAAGGGUCCAAAAUAUCUGCCAGACGUUGCCCCCAAGGAUGUGGGAGAGAUCACAAAAGAGCUGGAAAUACAGAUAGGUGUAGAACAUACCAAGACUGUUCUUUUAAAGCAAACAAAGGUCAUAGAAACCCUGACCAUGUCAAAGAGCUCUGAUGAGACUACAGCAGUUAAACCAGGAUCUUUCAUUUUGGGGAAAACUGAUGUGGAGCCUGAGCCAGAGAAAGCUACAGUUGAGAUGACUGAGACACCUCAUUUGCAGGAAAUAAUUUUCUCAGAAAUAAAAGUUGUAUCAAAGAGUUCUGAUGAUCCCAAAGCAGUAAAACCAGUGUCUUUCAUUGUUGGGAUUACUGAUGCAGAACUACAGCAAGCUGGGAAAGAAUUGAAAAUUGAAAAGCCUACUUCAACUGAAGAGAUAGUCAUGGGAGCACCUGAAACAAGUCCAAAGAUUUCUCAAGAACUUUGUCCCAAGGAGGAAACACAGAAUAAGGAAAUUUCUGACAGUAAGAUAACUGAAGCCUCUACUGUCGAAGAAACAAAGGUUAUACCCAAAAGGAGAAAGUCAAGAGAAGAUCCGGUCAGUCAGAAGCCUUCAACUAGAGAUGUGGUCACAGCACCAACUGAAAUUAUUGUUUUGGAAAAGACGUCACCAACCAAAAGCAGGUCAAAGAGUCUAAAACCUCCUCCUGAAGUUUCCAGCAAAGAAGUGGCAAAGAUCACGGAAGAGCCAGACAUACAGAAGUCUUUAGGGCAAACUGAGACUCCUCAUUUACAAGAAACAAUUCUCUCUGAAAUGAAAGUUGUAUCAAAGAGUUGUGAUGAUCCCAUAGCAGUAAAACAAGUGUCUGUCAUUGUUGGGACUACUGAUGUGGAAACUUGUGAAUCUGGUAAAGAACUUGAAAGUGACAAGGCUACUUCAACUGCAGAGAUAGUAAUGGAAGCACCUGAAACAAUAAGUCCAAAGGUUUCACAAGAACUUCCUCCUAAGGACGAAACACAGACCAAGGAAAAGCCUGACAGUCGGAUAACUAAAGCUACUACUGUGGAAGAAACAAAGGAUGUACCAAAAAGGAGAAAAUCAAGAGAAGACACUGUCAGUCAGAAGCCUUCAACUACAAUUGUGGUCACGAGCAAGUCAAAGAGUCCAAAGGUUUCACAUGAACUUUAUCCUAAGGAUGAAACACAGACCAAGGAAAAGCCUGACAGUCAGAUAACUGAAGCUUCUAUUGUUGAGGAAACCAAAAGUAGGAAAUCAAAAGAAGACCCUGACAGUAAGAAGCCAUAUUCAACUACAGAUGUGGUCAUAGGACCAGCUGGUAUUACUGUUGUGGAAAAGGGAACGAUGUCACUAACCAAAAGUAAGCCAAAGGGUCCAAAACAUCUGCCAGACGUUGCCCCCAAGGAUGUGGGAGAGAUCACAAAAGAGCUGGAAAUACAGAUAGGUGUAGAACAUACCAAGACUGUUCUUUUAAAGCAAACAAAGAUCAUAGAAACCCUGACCAUGUCAAAGAGCUCUGAUGAGACUACAGCAGUUAAACCAGGAUCUUUCAUUGUUGGGAACACUGAUGUGGAGCCUGAGCCAGAGAAAGCUACAGUUGAGAUGACUGAGACACCUCAUUUGCAGGAAAUAAUUUUCUCAGAAAUCAAAGUUGUAUCAAAGAGUUCUGAUGAUCCCAAAGCAUUAAAACCAGUGUCUUUCAUUGUUGGGAUUACUGAUGCAGAACUCCAGCAAGCUGGGAAAGAAUUGAAAAUUGAAAAGGCUACUUCAACUGAAGAGAUAGUCAUGGGAGCACCUGAAACAAGUCCAAAGAUUUCUCAAGAACUUUUUCCUAAGGAGGAAACUCAGAUCAUGGAAAAUCCUGAAAGUCAGAUUACUGAAGCUUCUAUUGUUGAAGAAACAAAGGUUAUACCCAAAAGGAGAAAGUCAAGAGAAGACCCUGUCAGUCAUAGGCCUUCAACUGGAGAUGUGGUCACAGCACCAACUGAACUUACUGUUAUGGAAAAGAUGUCACCAACCAAAAGACAGUCAAAGAGUCCAACACCUCCUCCAGAAGUUUCCGCCAAGGAAGGGGCAAAGAUCACGGAAGGGCCAGACAUACAGAACAAUUUAGUGCAAACUGAGACUCCUCAUUUACAGGAAACAAUUCUCACAGUAACACCAGUUUUGCCAAAGACUUAUGCAGAGAUAGUCAUGGGAGCUAUUGAAACAACAAUUCAAAAGAUUUCUAAAGAACUUUCUCCCAAGGACGAAACACAGACCAUGAAAAAGCCUGACAGUCCGUUAACUGAAGUUAUUACUGUUGAAGAAGCAAAGACUAAGCCCAACAGCAGAAACUCAAAUAAAGAUUGUGACAUCCUAAAGCCAUCAUCCACUACAGAUGUGGUCACACCAACAACUGAAGUUACUGUUGUGGAAAAGGGAAAAGCUACUUCAACUGCACCAGUAGUCAUGGGAACACCUGAAACUACGAAUGUGAAAGAGGUUAACCUCUCAGUACCCACAGGAAAGUUAAAGAGUCCAAAGAAUUCUCAAGAACUUUCUUCCAAGGAGAAGACGCAGAUCGUGGUCAAGCCUGACAGUCAGAUAACAGAAGCUUCUAUUCAGGAAGAAACCAAAAGUAAGAAACAAAGAGAAGACGCUGACAGUAAUCAGUCAUAUUCAACUACAGAUGUGGUCACAGGACCAACUGAUGUUACUGUUGUGGAAAAGGGAAUGAUGUCACCAACCAAAAGUAAACCAAAGGGUCCAAAACAUCUGCCAGACGUUGCCACCAAGGAUGAGGGAGAGAUAACAAAGGAGCCAGACAUACAGAUAGGUUUAGAACAUACAAAGACUGUUCUUUUAAAGCAAACAAAGGUCAUAGAAACCCUGACCGUGUCAAAGAUCUCUGAUGAUACUACAGCGGUAAGACCAGGAGCUUUCCUUGAGGGAACAACUGAUGUGGAGCCUGAGCCAGACAAAGCUGCAGCUGAGAAGACUGAGACUCCUCAUUUAAAGGAAACAAUUCUCACAGCAACCAAAGUUGUAUCAAAGAGUUGUGAUGAUCCCAAAGCAGUUAAACCAGUGUCUGUCAUUGUUGGGACUACUGAUGUAGAAUCUCAGGAAGCUGGGAAAGAAUUUGAAAUUGAAAAGGCUACUUCAACUGCAGAGAUAGUCAUGGGAGCACCUGAAACAACAAGUCCAAUGGUUUCACAAGAACUUCCUCCUAAGGACGAAACACAGACCAAGGAAAAGCCUGACAGUCAGAUAACUAAAGCUACUACUGUGAAAGAAACAAAGGUUGUACCAAAAAGGAGAAAAUCAAGAGAAGACCCUGUCAGUCAGAAGCCUUCAACUACAAGUGUGGUCACAAGGAAGUCAAAGAGUCCAAAGGUUUCACAAGAACUUUCUCCUAAGGACAAAACACAGACCAAGGAAAAGCCUGACAUUCAGAUAACUGAAACUUCUAUUGUUGAGGAAUCCAAAAGUAGGAAAUCAAAAGAAGAUCCUGACAGUAAGAAGCCAUAUUCAACUACAGAUGUGGUCAUAGGACCAACUGGUAUUACUGUAGUGGAAAAGGGAAAGAUGUCACCAACCAAAAGUAAGCCAAAGGCUCAAAAACGUCUUCCAGAUGUUGCCACCAAGGAUGUGGCAGAGAUCACAAAAGAGCUGGAAAUAAAGAUAGGUUUAGAACAUACCAAGACUCUUCUUUUAAAGCAAACAAAGGUCAUGGAAACCCUGACCAUGUCAAAGAGCUCUGAUGAUACAACAUCGGUAAAACCAGGAUCUUUCAUUGUUGGGACUAAAGAUGUGGAGCCUGAGCCAGUGAAAGCUGCAGCUGAGAUGACUGAGACUCCUCAUUUGCAGGAAACAAUUCUCACAGCAAACAAAGUUGUAUCAAAGAGUUGUGAUGAUCCCACAGCAGUUAAACCAGUGUCUCUCAUUGUUGGGACUACUGAUGUAGAACCCCAACAAGCUGGGAAAGAAUUGAAAAUGGAAAAGUCCACUUCAUCUGUAGAGAUAGUCAUGGGAGCACCUGAAACAAGUCCAAAGAUUUCUCAAGAACUUUCUACCAUGGAGGAAACACAGACCAUGGACAAUCCUGACAGUCAGAUCACUGAGGCUUCUAUCGUUGAAGAAACAAAGGUUAUACCCAAAAGGAGAAAGUCAAGAGAAGACCCGGUCAGUCAGAAGCCUUCCACCAGAGAUGUGGUCACAGCCGCACCUGAAAUGACUGUUUUGGAAAAUAUGUCACCAACCAAAAGGUCAAAGAGUCCAAAACCUCCUCCAGAAGUUUCCACCAAGGAAGUGGCAAAGAUCACGGAAGAGCCAGACAAACAGAAAUCUUUAGCGCAAAAUAAGAUUCCUCAUUUACAGGAAACAAUUUUUACAGCAACUAGAGUUUUGCCAAAGACUUAUGCAGAGAUAGUCAUGGGAGCACUUGAAACAAAAAGUCAAAAGAUUUCUCAAGAACUUUCUCCCAAGGAAGAAACACAGACCAUGGAAAAACCUGACAGUCUGAUAACUGAAGUUACUACUCUUGAAGAAGCGAAGACUAAACCCAACAGCAGAAACUCAAAUGAAGGUUGUGACAUUCUAAAGCCAUCAUCCACUUCAGAUGUGGUCACACCAACAACUGAAGUUACUGUUGUAGAAAAGGGAAAGGCUUCUUCAACUGCACCAGAAGUCAUGGGAACACCUGAAACUACAAUUGUGGAAGAGGUUUACUUCUCACCACCCACAAGAAAGUUAAAAAGUCCAAAGUCUUCUCAAGAACUUUCUUCCAAGGAGAGGACGCAGACCGUGGUCAAGCCUGACAGUCAGAUAACAGAAGCUUCUAUUCAGGAAGAAACCAAAAUUAAGAAAUCCAAGGACGACCUUGACAGUCAGCAGCCAUAUUCAACUACCAAUGUGGUCACAGGACCAACUGAUAUUACUGCUGUGGAAAAGGGAAAGAUGCCACCAACCAAAAGUAAAUCAAAGGGUCCAGAGCUUUUCCAAGACGUUAACACCAAGGAUGUGGCAGAGAUCACAAAAGAGCUAGAAAUACAGAUAAGUUUAGAACAUACCAAGACUGUUCUUUUAAAGCAAACACAGGUCUUAGAAACCCUGACAACGUCAAAGAGCUCUGAUGAUACUGCAGUGGUAAAACCAGAGUUUUUCAUUGUUGGGACAAAUGAUUUGGAGCCUGAGCCAGAGAAAGCUACAGUUGAGAUGACUGAGAUAAAGAUGCAGGAGACCAAGACUCAAACGGACAUUGUGGCUCAAAGGGACUCGGACCAACCUAAUUCUGCAGUUUCUGAAUUAUGUGAGACAGAGAGAGAAGUUAUAGAAAUCAGCCCAUAUGAUGACGAUGCAGUGAAGCCAAGUCAAAGUGAAAUUAAGAUAGAAACAACACAGGAUGGAUCAACAGAGGUCAAGGAGCAUGUGUUCAAGGGACAGCAUCCUGAAAUGUCACUGCAUGGUAUAGAUGAUGUAGCCACAAACCUGGAAGAAAAGUUUGUUAAGAUUGAGCAAAUUCCAUUGGAGCCUCAGGUAUGUGUUUUACAAAUUGAUUCUCCGGCUGGCCCUGAGGAAUCCCAGGGUGAAAAAGAGCACAUGCAUGAUGCACGUCAAAGUCUGCAUGAACUGUCUGAUGGAGAAGAGAACAUCCACAAAGAGCCUGAAGUGUGUGUUUUACAACCUGAUACACAGGAACCUUUAAAGGAGCAUGAAACCCAAAGGGAUGUUAAAGAUAAUGUGACAAGGAUUGAUGUAGAUCAAGCUGAAGAUGCUGUUGUUGAGAGGUCAGUUGUAGAAAUGAAGGAGACUGAUAGGAGCAUAUCUGUUGUGACAACCAAGGAACCAAGGAGAGAAGAAGUAAAAAAAAGUAUGAAGGGGAAAAAGUUGCCUAAAUGCAAAGAUAAGACUGAGAUUGACGUUCACAGUGAGAAGGCCGCAGUAAAGACAAAAGGUAAGGUGCAACAAUUCACCACUGAAAUCCAAGAGGGGUCAGCUCAGAGUGACUCUUUUACAGCAGCUCAGCAACUUGAGGAAAACAAAGACCAUUUGGAAAUAAUAAGCUCCAAACAAGACAAAGUUAAACCAAGUCUAACUAGAACUUUGCAACCUGAACCUAAAACUGUCACAACGGAAAAGAAACCAAGUCUCCAGUUUGAGGCAGUUCAAGAACAAAAGGAUGUGACGACCACAGAUGCUCAUCCUGAACAGUCUUUAGUUAAGACGAUCAGGUUUGAAGUAGAGGUGAGCUCUACUGAAUCUCCAGAGUGUACUAAAUUACCAGAGGUUAAACAGGUUAUACCCAAAAUCCUGAAAACCACAAGUCUCAAAGAGGUCAAACAUUUUGGUGCUGAAGAAAAGAAGGUUCAAGUGUUGAAACAAGAAAUGCAAGUAUCACCCAAGAGCCAGGAAACAGAAUCUGUGAGUGCACAUGAACCUAAAACGGUCACAACAGAAAAGAAAGGAAGGAUGGAAUCAAUUGUCCAGUUUGAUACCGUUAAAGAAAGCAAGGAUGUGAAGACAACAGUUAAGACGAUCAGGUUUGAAGUAGAAGUGACCUCUACUGAAUCUCCAGAGGGUGAAACAUUACCAGAAGUUAAAGAUGAGAUACCAGAAAUCCUCAAAACCACAAAGAAAAGUCCCAAGGACGUCAAAGAUCCUGGUCCUGAAGAAAAGAAGGUUCAAGUGUUGAAACAAGAAAUGCAAGAAACACCCAAGAGCCAGCAAACAGAAUCUGUGAAGAAGGCAUGUACCAGUGUGACUGAACAUGAACCUAAAACUGUCACAAAAGAAGAGGAACCCCGGAUUGAAUCGAUUGUCCAGUUUGAGAAAGGUAAAGAAAGCAAAGAUGUGACGACCAAAGAUGUUCAGCCUGACCAGACUACAGAUAAAAUGAUCCGGUUUGAAGUAGAAGUGAGCUCUACUGAAUCUCCAGAGUGUGAAACAUUACAAGAAGUUAAACAGGAGAUACCAGAAAUCCUCAAAACCACAGAGGUAUGUCUCAAAGAGGUCAAAGAUCCUGGUGUUGAAGAAAUGAAGGUUCAAGUGUUGAAACAAGAAAUGCAAGAAACGCCCAAGAGCCAGGACACAGAAUCUGUGAACAAGGGAAAGAUCAAUGUGACUGAACAUGAACCUAAACCUGUCUCAAAGGAAAAGGAACCAAGUGUCCAGUCUGAGACAGUUAAAGAAAGCAAGGAUGUGACGACCACAGUAAAGACGAUCAGGUUUGAAGUAGAAGUGAGCUCUACUGAAUCUCCAGAGAGUGAAACAUUACCAGAAGUUAAAGAUGAGACUUCAGCUGACAUUCACAGUGAGAAGGCUGCAGUAAAGACGAGAGUCGAUGUUCAAGAAAUCCUCAUUGCAGGACAACAGGAUGCAGCUCAGAGUGACUCCACUCAACCUUCAUCUGCUGCUUCUACAGCCGUGCAGCCACUUGAGGAAAAGACUGAAUCGGUAGAAAUAAGUUUCUCCCAACAAGACAAAGUCAAACCACGUCAAACAAGUACUCUGGAACAUGAACCUAAAACUGUCCCAACAGAAAAGGAACCAAGUGUCCAGUUUGAGACAGUUAAAGAAAGACAGGAUUUGAUGACAACAGGUAAGACGAUCAGGUUUGAAGUAGAAGUAAGCUCUACUGAAUCUCCAGAGGGUGAAACAUUACCAGAAGUUAAAGAUGAGAUACCAGAAAUCCUCAAAACCACAGAGAAAAGUCCCAAGGACGUCAAAGAUCCUGAUCCUGAAGAAAAGAAGGUUCAAGUGUUGAAACAAGAAAUGCAAGAAACACCCAAGAGCCAGCUAACAGAAUCUGUGAAGAAGGCAUGUACCAGUGUGACUGAACAUGAACCUAAACCUGUCUCAAAGGAAAAGGAACCAAGUGUCCAGUUUGAGACAGUUAAAGAAAGACAGGAUGUGAUGACAACAGGUAAGAAGAUCAGGUUUGAAGUAGAAGUGAGCUCUACAGAAUCUCCAGAGGGUGAAACAUUACCAGAAGUUAAAGAUGAGAUACCAGAAAUCCUCAAAACCACAGAGAAAAGUCCCAAGGACGUCAAAGAUCCUGGUCCUGAAGAAAAUAAGGUUCAAGUGUUGAAACAAGAAAUGCAAGAAACACCCAAGAGCCAGCAAACAGAAUCUGUGAAGAAGGGAGAAAUCAAUGUGACUGAACAUGAACCUAAAACUGUCCCAACAGAAAGGGAACCAAGUGUCCAGUUUGAGACAGUUAAAGAAAGACAGGAUGUGAUGACAACAGGUAAGAAGAUCAGGUUUGAAGUAGAAGUGAGCUCUACAGAAUCUCCAGAGGGUGAAACAUUACCAGAAGUUAAAGAUGAGAUACCAGAAAUCCUCAAAACCACAGAGAAAAGUCCCAAGGACGUCAAAGAUCCUGGUCCUGAAGAAAAGAAGGUUCAAGUGUUGAAACAAGAAAUGCAAGAAACACCCAAGAGCCAGCAAACAGAAUCUGUGAAGAAGGGAGAAAUCAAUGUGACUGAACAUGAACCUAAAACUGUCCCAACAGAAAGGGAACCAAGUGUCCAGUUUGAGACAGUUAAAGAAAGACAGGAUGUGAUAACAACAGUAAAGACGAUCAGGUUUGAAGUAGAAGUGAGCUCUACUGAAUCUCCAGAGUGUGAAACAUUACCGGAAGUCAAAGAUGAGAUACCAGAAAUCCUCAAAACCACAGAGAAAAGUCCAAAAGAGGUCAAAGAUCCCAGUGUUGAAGAAAGGAAGGUUCAAGUGUUGAAACAAGAAAUGCAAGAAACACCCAAGAGCCAGCGAACAGAAUCUGUGAACAAGGGAAAAACCAGUGUGACUGAACAUGAACCUAAAACUGUCACAACAGAAAUGGAAACAAGGAUGAAAUCAAUUGUCCAGUCUGAGACAGUUAAAGAACACAAGGAUUUGACGACCACAGAUGUUCAUUCUGACCAGUCUACAGAUAAAAUGAUCAGGUUGGAAGUAGAAGUGAGCUCUACUGAAUCUCCAGAGUGUGAAACAUUACCAGAAGUUAAAGAUGAGAUACCAGAAGUCCUCAAAACCACAGAGAAAAGUCUCAAAGACGUAAAACAUCCUGGUGCUGAAGAAAAGAAGGUUCAAGUGCCGAAACAAGAAAUGCAAGAAUCGACCCAGAGCCAGGAAACAGAAGCUGUGAACAAGGGAGAAACCAUUGUGACCGAACAUGAACCUAAACCAGUCGCAAAAGAAAAUGAACCCCGGAUGGAAUCAAUUGUCCAGUUUGAGACAGUUAAAGAAAGACAGGAUGUGACAACAACAGUUAAGACGAUCAGGUUUGAAGUAGAAGUGAGCUCUACUGAAUUUCCACAGGGUGAAACAUUACCAGAAGUUAAAGAUGAGAUACCAGAAAUCCUCAAAACCACAGGGGAAAGUGUCAAAUAUGUCAAAUAUCCUGGUGCUGAAGAAAAUGCUCAAGUGUUGAAAAAAGAAAUACAAGAAACACCCAAGAGCCAGGAAACAGAAUAUGUGAACAAAGGAGAAAUCCAUGUGACUGAACAUGAACAUAAAACUGUCACAAAAGAAGAGGAACCCCGGAUUGAAUCAAUUGUCCAGUUUGAGAAAGGUAAAGAAAGCAAAGAUGUGACGACCAAAGAUGUUCAGCCUGACCAGACUACAGAUAAAAUGAUCCGGUUUGAAGUAGAAGUGAGCUCUACUGAAUCUCCAGAGUGUGAAACAUUACAAGAAGUUAAACAGGAGAUACCAGAAAUCCUCAAAACCACAGAGGAACGUCUCAAAGAGGUCAAAGAUCCUGGUGUUGAAGAAAUGAAGGUUCAGGUGUUGAAACAAGAAAUGCAAGAAACGCCCAAGAGCCAGGAAACAGAAUCUGUGAACAAGGGAAAGAUCAAUGUGACUGAACAUGAACCUAAACCUGUCUCAAAGGAAAAGGAACCAAGUGUCCAGUCUGAGACAGUUAAAGAAAGCAAGGAUGUGACGACCACAGUAAAGACGAUCAGGUUUGAAGUAGAAGUGAGCUCCACUGAAUCUCCAGAGAGUGAAACAUUACCAGAAGUUAAAGAUGAGACUUCAGCUGACAUUCACAGUGAGAAGGCUGCAGUAAAGACGAGAGUCGAUGUUCAAGAAAUCCUCAUUGCAGGACAACAGGAUGCAGCUCAGAGUGACUCCACUCAACCUUCAUCUGCUGCUUCUACAGCCGUGCAGCCACUUGAGGAAAAGACGGAAUCUGUAGAAAUAAGUUUCUCCCAACAAGACAAAGUCAAACCACGUCAAACAAGUACUCUGGAACAUGAACCUAAAACUGUCCCAACAGAAAAAGAACCAAGUGUCCAGUUUGAGACAGUUAAAGAAAGACAGGAUGUGAUGACAACAGGUAAGAAGAUCAGGUUUGAAGUAGAAGUGAGCUCUACUGAAUCUCCAGAGGGUGAAACAUUACCAGAAGUUAAAGAUGAGAUACCAGAAAUCCUCAAAACCACAGAGAAAAGUCCCAAGGACGUCAAAGAUCCUGGUCCUGAAGAAAAGAAGGUUCAAGUGUUGAAACAAGAAAUGCAAGAAACACCCAAGAGCCAGCUAACAGAAUCUGUGAAGAAGGGAGAAAUCCAUGUGACUGAACAUGAACAUAAAACUGUCCCAACAGAAAUGGGAUCAAUUGUCCAGUUUGAGACAGUUAAAGAAAGCAAGGAUGUGACAACAACAGUUAAGACCAUCAGGUUUGAAGUAGAAGUGAGCUCUACUGAAUCUCCAGAGUGUGAAAAAUUACCGGAAGUUAAAGAUGAGAUAGCAGAAAUCCUCACAACCACAGAGGAAAGUCCCAAAGAGGUCAAAGAUCCCAGUGUUGAAGAAAGGAAGAUUCAAGAGUUGAAACAAGAAAUGCAAGAAACACCCAAGAGCCAGGAAACAGAAUCUUUGAACAAGGGAGAAACCAGUGUGACUGAACAUGAACAUAAACCAGUUGCAAAAGAAAAGGAACCCCGGAAUGAAUCGAUUGUCCAGUUUGAGACAGUUAAAGAAAGACAGGAUGUGACGACCACAGUAAAGACGAUCAGGUUUGAAGUAGAAGUGAGCUCUACUGAAUCUCCAGAGGGUGAAACAUUACCAGAAGUUAAAGAUGAGAUACCAGAAAUCCUCAAAACCACAGAGGAAAGUCCCAAAGAUGUCAAAGAUCCCAGUGUUGAAGAAAAGAAGGUUCAAGUGUUGAAACAAGAAAUGCAAGUAUCACCCAAAAGUCAGGAAACAGAAUCUGUGAAGAAGGGAGAAAUCAAUGUGACUGAACAUGAACCUAAACUAGUCGCAAAAGACAAGGAAACCCGGAUUGAAUCAAUUGUCCAGUCUGAGACAGUUAAAGAAAGACAGGAUGUGACGACCACAGUAAAGACGAUCAGGUUUGAAGUAGAAGUGAGCUCUACUGAAUCUCCAGAGGGUGAAACAUUACCAGAAGUUAAAGAUGAGAUACCAGAAAUCCUCAAAACCACAGAGGAAAGUCCCAAAGUGGUCAAAGAUCCUGGUGCUGAAGAAAGGAAGGUUCAAGAGUUGGAACAAGAAAUACAAGAAACACCAAAGAGCCAGGAAACAGAAUCUGUGAACAAAGGAGAAAUCCAUGUGACUGAACAUGAACAUAAAACUGUUCCAACAGAAAAGGGAUCAAUUGUCCAGUUUGAGACAGUUAAAGAAAGCAAGGAUGUGACAACAACAGUUAAGACCAUCAGGUUUGAGGUAGAAGUGAGCUCUACUGAAUCUCCAGAGUGUGAAAAAUUACCAGAAGUUAAACAGGAGAUACCAGAAAUCCUCAAAACCACAGAGGAAAGUCCCAAAGACGUCAAAGAUCCCAGUGUUGAAGAAAAGAAGGUUCAAGUGUUGAAACAAGAAAUGAAAGAAACACCGAAGAGCCAGGAAACAGAAUCUGUGAAGAAGGGAGAAAUCAAUGUGACUGAACAUGAACCUAAACUAGUCACAAAAGAAAAGGAACCCCGGAUUGAAUCAAUUGUCCAGUCUGAGACAGUUAAAGAAAGACAGGAUGUGACGACCACAGUAAAGACGAUCAGGUUUGAAGUAGAAGUGAGCUCUACUGAAUCUCCAGAGGGUGAAACAUUACCAGAAGUUAAAGAUGAGAUACCAGAAAUCCUCAAAACCACAGAGGAAAGUCCCAAAGACGUCAAAGAUCCCAGUGUUGAAGAAAAGAAGGUUCAAGUGUUGAAACAAGAAAUGCAAGUAUCACCCAAAAGUCAGGAAACAGAAUCUGUGAAGAAGGGAGAAAUCAAUGUGACUGAACAUGAACCUAAACUUGUCGCAAAAGACAAGGAAACUCGGAUUGAAUCAAUUGUCCAGUCUGAGACAGUUAAAGAAAGCAAGGAUGUGACGACCACAGUAAAGACGAUCAGGUUUGAAGUAGAAGUGAGCUCUACUGAAUCUCCAGAGAGUAAAACAUUACCAGAAGUUAAAGAUGAGACUUCAGCUGACAUUCACAGUGAUAAGGCUGCAGUAAAGACGAGAGUCGAUGUUCAAGAAAUCCUCACUGCAGGACAACAGGAUGCAGCGCAGAGUGACUCCACUCAACCUUCAUCUGCUGCUUCUACAGCCGUGCAGCCACUUGAGGAAAAGACGGAAUCUGUAGAAAUAAGUUUCUCCCAACAAGACAAAGUCAAACCAGGUCAAACUAGUACUCUGGAACAUGAACCUAAAACUGUCCCAACAGAAAAGGAACCAGGUGUCCCGUUUGAGACAGGUGAAGAAAGCAAGGAUGUGACGACCAAAAAUGUUCAGCCUGACCAGACUACAGAUAAAAUGAUCCGGUUUGAAGUAGAAGUGAGCUCUACUGAAUCUCCAGAGUGUGAAAAAUUACCGGAAGUUAAAGAUGAGAUACCAGAAAUCCUCAAAACCACAGAGAAAAGUCCCAAAGUGGUCAAAGAUCCCAGUGUUGAAGAAAGGAAGGUUCAAGAGUUGAAACAAGAAAUGCAAGAAACACCCAAGAGCCAGGAAACAGAAUCUGUGAACAAGGGAGAAACCAAUGUGACUGAACAUGAACCUAAAAUUGUCACAACAGAAAAGGAAAUAAGGAUGAAAUCAAUUGUUCAUUUUGAGACAGUUAAAGAACACAAAGAUUUGAAGACCAAAGAUAUUCAGUCUGACCAGUCUACAGAUAAAACGAUCAGGUUUGAAGUAGAAGUGAGCUCUACUGAAUCUCCAGAGGAUCAAACAUUACCAGAAGUUAAAGAUGAGAUACCAGAAAUCCUCAAAACAACAGAGGAAAGUCCCACAGAGGUCAAAGAUCCCAGUGUUGAAGAAAGGAAGGUUCAAGUGUUGAAACUAGAAAUGCAAGAAACAUCCAAGAGCCAUGAAACAGAAUCUGUGAACAAGGGAGAAACCAAUGUGACUGAACAUGAACCUAAACUAGUCGCAAAAGAAAAGGAACGCCGGAAUAAAUCGAUUGUCCAGUUUGAGACAGGUGAAGAAAGAAAGGAUGAGACGACUAAAAAUGUUCAGCCUGACCAGACUACAGAUAAAAUGAUCCGGUUUGAAGUAGAAGUGAGCUCUACUGAAUCUCCGGAUUGUAUAAAAUUGCCAGAAGUAAAACAGGAUAUACCAGAAAUCCCCAAAACAACAGAGGAACGUCUCAAAGAGGUCAAAGAUCCUGGUGUUGAAGAAAUGAAGGUUCAAGUGUUAAAACAAGAAAUGCAAGAAACACCCAAGAGCCAGGAAACGGAAUCUGUGAACAAGGGAGAAACCAAUGUGACUGAACAUGAACCUAAAAUUGUCACAACAGAAAAGGAAAUAAGGAUGAAAUCAAUUGUUCAUUUUGAGACAGUUAAAGAACACAAAGAUUUGAAGACCAAAGAUGUUCAGUCUGACCAGUCUACAGAUAAAACGAUCAGGUUUGAAGUAGAAGUGAGCUCUACUGAAUCUCCAGAGGAUCAAACAUUACCAGAAGUUAAAGAUGAGAUACCAGAAAUCCUCAAAACAACAGAGGAAAGUCCCACAGAGGUCAAAGAUCCCAGUGUUGAAGAAAGGAAGGUUCAAGUGUUGAAACUAGAAAUGCAAGAAACAUCCAAGAGCCAUGAAACAGAAUCUGUGAACAAGGGAGAAACCAAUGUGACUGAACAUGAACCUAAACUAGUCGCAAAAGAAAAGGAACGCCGGAAUAAAUCGAUUGUCCAGUUUGAGACAGGUGAAGAAAGAAAGGAUGAGACGACUAAAAAUGUUCAGCCUGACCAGACUACAGAUAAAAUGAUCCGGUUUGAAGUAGAAGUGAGCUCUACUGAAUCUCCGGAUUGUAUAAAAUUGCCAGAAGUAAAACAGGAUAUACCAGAAAUCCCCAAAACAACAGAGGAACGUCUCAAAGAGGUCAAAGAUCCUGGUGUUGAAGAAAUGAAGGUUCAAGUGUUAAAACAAGAAAUGCAAGAAACACCCAAGAGCCAGGAAACGGAAUCUGUGAACAAGGGAGAAACCAAUGUGACUGAACAUGAACCUAAAAUUGUCACAACAGAAAAGGAAAUAAGGAUGAAAUCAAUUGUUCAUUUUGAGACAGUUAAAGAACACAAAGAUUUGAAGACCAAAGAUGUUCAGUCUGACCAGUCUACAGAUAAAACGAUCAGGUUUGAAGUAGAAGUGAGCUCUACUGAAUCUCCAGAGGAUCAAACAUUACCAGAAGUUAAAGAUGAGAUACCAGAAAUCCUCAAAACAACAGAGGAAAGUCCCACAGAGGUCAAAGAUCCCAGUGUUGAAGAAAGGAAGGUUCAAGUGUUGAAACUAGAAAUGCAAGAAACAUCCAAGAGCCAUGAAACAGAAUCUGUGAACAAGGGAGAAACCAUUGUGACUGAACAUGAACCUAAACUAGUCGCAAAAGAAAAGGAACGCCGGAAUAAAUCGAUUGUCCAGUUUGAGACAGGUGAAGAAAGAAAGGAUGAGACGACUAAAAAUGUUCAGCCUGACCAGACUACAGAUAAAAUGAUCCGGUUUGAAGUAGAAGUGAGCUCUACUGAAUCUCCGGAGUGUAUAAAAUUGCCAGAAGUAAAACAGGAUAUACCAGAAAUCCCCAAAACAACAGAGGAACGUCUCAAAGAGGUCAAAGAUCCUGGUGUUGAAGAAAUGAAGGUUCAAGUGUUAAAACAAGAAAUGCAAGAAACACCCAAGAGCCAGGAAACAGAAUCUGUGAACAAGGGAGAUAUCAAUGUGACUGAACAUGAACCUAAACCAGUCGCAAAAGAAAAGGAACCCCGGAUUGAAUCAAUUGUCCAGUUUGAGACAGUUAAAGAAAGACAGGAUGUGAUAACAACAGUAAAGACGAUCAGGUUUGAAGUAGAAGUGAGCUCUACUGAAUCUCCAGAGGGUGAAACAUUACCAGAAGUUAAAGAUGAGAUACCAGAAAUCCUCAAAACCACAGAGAAAAGUCCCAAAUUGGUCAAAGAUCCUGGUGCUGAAGAAAUGAAGGUUCAAGAGUUGAAACAAGAAAUACAAGUAACACCAAAGAGCCAGGAAACAGAAUCUUUGAACAAGGGAGAAACCAAUGUGACUGAACAUGAACCUAAAACUGUCACAGCAGAAAAGGAAACAAGGAUGAAAUCCAUUGUCCAGUCAGAAACAGUUAAAGAACACAAGGAUUUGACGACCACAGAUGUUCAUUCUGACCAGUCUACAGAUAAAAUGAUCAGGUUUGAAGUAGAAGUGAGCUCUACUGAAUCUCCAGAGGGUGAAACAUUACCAGAAGUUAAACAGGAGAUACUAGAAAUCCUCAAAACCACAGAGAAAUGUCCCGAAAUCGUCAAAGAUCCUGGUGCUGAAGAAAAGAAGGUAAAAGUGCUGAAGCAAGAAAUGCAAGAAUCAACCAAGAGCCAGGAAACAGAACCUGUGAACAAGGGAGAAACCAAUGUGACUGAACAUGAACCUAAAACAGUCUCAAAGGAAAAGGAACCAAGUGUCCAGUCUGAGACAGUUAAAGAAAGCAAGGAUGUGACAACAACAGUUAAGACGAUCGAGUUUGAAGUAGAAGUGAGCUCUACUGAAUCUCCAUCUGGACACAGUGUGGAUCCUAAAGGCCAAAUAGACAAACACACAACAGAUCCAACAAAAAAGAAAGAAGAUGAACAAGAGGAGAAGAGAUUGAUUCAGAAACAACAAAGUGAAACAAUAGUUAAAGCAGAGAUACAAAAUGUUCCACUCCCAAAAUCCACAGCUGCCACCGCUGGUGAGGUCUGGCAUCAUGGCCUUGGUUUACCGAAGGAACACCUACGCAGUGGUGAAAAGAUAUCCCCAGCUCAGAAAGCGUCAACGGACGUUAGCCUGGAGGAAGUAGCCCGGCAGCGAGGAUUAGUUGCUUGGGAAAACAAAGAAGAAGAACGUGUUGUGAAGAAACUAGGUGUGGAGUCGGCAGAAAGCGCUGGCAUCAGGAGAAUCUUCCCAGAAGUUCAGCUACUUGCAGGAACAGGACCCGGCAGUGAAAUCACAGAGGUUAAAUCCCACGAUGACACUCCAGAGACUCUGAUUACGUCCACCACUGACAUGGACGAGCGUGUGAACAGACUGGUGUCUCAAAUCUUGAGCUGCAAGAAUCGCCGGCCUGAGCUCAGCCCAGCAGCCAUGAACCGGCAGGUGGAGGAGGCUCAGCAGUGCAGAGAGUUCGCCCAGGCCCAGGGGUCGUCCCUGUCCCAGCUGAGAGGAGCUGAAUCUGAGGACAGAGACUCGCUGGAGCACCUGGAGGAUCAGUGGAGCGCUGCAGCUCAGGAUGCAGCAGCCGUCAUCCAGAGCAAAGAGGCCCAGCUGGAGCUUGUGAUGGAUUACGGCCGACAGACGCAAGCAGCCCAGACCACGGUGGAGAGACUGGCCGCAGAACUGGACACUCUGGAAACGUCCAAGGAACAGAGCAGCUCCAAGGAGGCAGAGCAUCUAUGCUCGUUCCAGAGAAGUAUGGAGGACAACAGAACGGUGCUCGGAGAGUUGCUUGUGACCUUCACUAAGUUGUGCCCCUUCCUCAGCCAGUCUGAGCGAUCGAAGGCCCAGACGGAGCAGAGGAACCUCCACGAGAGGUGGAGAGGCCUGGAGAGAGAUGUGGAGAGGAGCCUCCAUCACACGAAGGUCCACUCUCACGAGACCAGCAGCCUCAAGUCAGAGAUAUCAAACCUCCGGGAACAUUUGGAAACAAUUGACAAAGACCUGGAGGCCAAGUCUCCUGCGGCCACUCAGUGGAAUUGCAAGAAGGCUCAGCAGCUGAUGGAAGCCAUUGCUGAGGUUAAAGCCGCCAAGCAGAAGUUCCUCUAUUUGCAGAAGCUUUCAGAGGCACUAAUGCUCAGCUCACGUUGGGAUAAGGACACAAAAGAAAUCCAACAGGGGCUCCAGAUGAUCCAGGACAAACUCAGCCACACAGAAGAACUAGUGUCCAGUCAAACCCAGAGCAGCAGCAACCCCAUCAUGGAGAAAAUCAUCACAGUGAUGAGGGAUGGCCUGUCCUGGGCGAAGCAGACAGAGAGUGAUAUCGAGGGAAGGAGGAAGAUGGUGGCUCUCCUCCCUGAAGAGGUUCACCGGCAGCUCAGAGAUCUGAAGAAGCUGCAGUCGGAGGUGAUGAGCAAACAAGGCCAACUGGAGUCACUGGUGGAGGAGGUGACGGAGCUCCUUCCACAGCUGGACCACGUGGAGGAGGUGCCCGUGGUUCGCACUUCACUUCAAACACUUCAAAAACUCUCACACUCCACCACUGAUAAGUUGGCCAACGCCGUGAGAGAGAUAGAGUCGGGACUGCAGACCAGAGAAAAGAUGUCAGAGCAGAUUGUUGACCUAGAUUCCUGGGUUGUUGCUCAGCUGCACAGGGAGGCCUCCAGGAGUGAAGACAGUGAGUUGAGAAGUCCAACUGAGCUGGAUCGCAGAGUGCGUCAGCUACAGGAGACACUGGCUGAGGCUGACAAGCAGUCCGCCGUCUGUGAGGCGCUGUUGAUGAAGAGUAAAGACAUUUCCUCAGAACUCAGCAUCUCAGAGAAAUGUCAGCUCUUUGAAAAGCUAACCAACCUCCAGGACGACAUCAGAGCCAUUAGUAGCUAUGAAAAGGUCAACAAGAAGGAGCUGGAUGAGGUCGUCCAAACUCGAGAGUCCAACAAGAAGAAUCUGCUCACCGUCGAACAAAGCCUGAGGCAGAUGGCAGGGGAUCUCAGCAGACACAGGUUUCCCAUCACAACUGAGUCCCUGCAACCUUUACAACCUUUAAAACACAUGAUUCUGGAACAUAAAUCCCAGGUGGACCUCCUGCAGCCCUGGAUUCCCCAGGAAAAGACAAAAGAACUCCACUCUGUCAUUUCUGAAAUUCACAACAAAUUGAUUAACCUGGAGACCAAAGCCAGGGAUCAUGAGAAGUACCUGAGCAUGAGGCAGCGAGUGGAGGACCUCAGGGAGGAGGUUCCGGAGCAGGUCCGACAGACUAAAGACGACAGCAAACAGCUGGAGGACAAGUACAGAAUCUGUCAGAACCUCAUUGUCCAGAUUCCUCUGAUAAAGUGGUUGUGUGAGGAGGCUCGCUCUGACCUCCAGAUGAUCUCCGCUGACCUCUACCCCUCUCAGCUGGCCACAGAGCAGCAGAGGCUCAAACAGAGCGACGAGAGCCUGGAUAUGCUGCAGAUUACGCUGUACAACAACCUCAGCAUCAUCGAGUGGAACCUGCUGAAGGAACUGGACCUGGAAUUGGUGAAGAACGACACCGAGGCUUUUCUCUCAAAGAACCAGCAGGAGCUUUGGAAAGUCACCGUGCUGGAGCCAAAUGAAACAGCGAUCGACAGAGAGUACCAGAGAACCUUGUCUUUGAAAAAGACUAUCGAGUCCAGAAUAAGAGCGCUGGACGUUCUCCAGCAGAAGAAGGGAAAAAGAAGAGGAAGCAAGUCCCAAGAUUUGUGUCUCUUGCAGAAAUCCAUCCUGAGUGAAUGUGACUCAAAAAUGGAAAACCUCCUCCAGGCCCGGGAGUCGUGGAGGAGCUACACCCGUGCUGUGAAACGAGCGGUGCAGUUCCUGAGGGACAUCGAGCUGUGUCUGCUGCCCCCGUGUGGCUCCACCGGGCCCUGCAGCGAGAGGCUGGAGGAGACCCAGAAGGCUCUGGUGUCGCUGCAGCAGCAGUUCCAGACCCACGUGGAGCAGCUCCAGAGCCAGUUUGCUCUGCACCCUUACCUGUCGCCUCAGAAGACCGAGCAGCUCCAGGAGAACAUCCUGAGCCAGCUCCUGGUGAGGAUGUCCACGCUCCAGGCGAAGGGCCACGUCCAACUGGAGAGUCUCAGCAGGUGUGCGGAACAUCACAGAUCUUUCAACAAGUCCCAGGAUGAGAUCUUCCAGAGAGUGAAGGCUGCAGAAAGCAGCUUGUUGCAGUUUAUCUCUCAGAAACCGGCCUGUCUCUCCCACUGCACGGACCAGGAGGCAAAGCUCCGAGCUCUGUCGGAGGAGGUGGCGUCCCUGCUGAGGCGUCUGGAGGAGCUGAACGAGUGGUGCCCGGAGCAGAGCUGUCAUGGAGGCCAGGAGGCCACGGUCACCGCCCUCUGGAGAACGGUGUCCAGACUGCGCCGCUGCACUCGGGAGCUCGCACCUCGCAGCAAACAGAAGAUCGCAGAGUGGAGCGAUGUCACCAGCAGUGUGGAGAAGGCCUCUGAUGUCCUGGAGCUGGUGGAGGCGGAGCUUCCUGAAGGCUCACAGGCGAAGGCGUCCACUGAAGAGCUCCAAGACGUGCUGCAGUCCUGGGAACAGUACCAGGACCGACUGGACUGCGAGCAUCGAUCCCUGUCGGCGCUGGAGCUGCGCGCCGCAAGGAUGCUGGGUGUCCCCGCCCACCUGGAGCAGGCCCCUCCCACUCCGCUCUGUCAGCAGCUGCAGGCGAUGCAAGCCCGAUACAGCAGUGUGAAGCAGAAGAGCAAGGAGGGUUUGGAGUCUUCCAGGCUGGAGCUGCAGGAGAGGGAAAAGGUGUGGAAGGACCUGCAGGGCGUCCGGGUCUGGCUGGAGGCCGCCGACGGUGUUCUGUCGGAGAUGGAGAAGAGCAGCAGCACACAGGAGCUACAGGAGGUCCACGGCCAGCUGUAUACCCAGAAGGCUUUGCUGCUGCGCAUCAUGGAGAGCAUGAAAAUGAAUUACUCCGACAUGGACACGCUGGUCCCAGUGGAGAUCGAGGGCCAACUGCAGGAGGUCAAUCAGUCCCUGCAGCAAGUGGAAGUGAAGGUUGGAGAAGCUGUGAAGCGAAGCGGACCCGUCCACAGGCUCGGAGCAAAGCUGUCAGAGAUCGAAGCUGGUCUGAGGUCAGUCCAGAAGAGACUGGAGCAGAGAACUCCGACUGUGAUCGAAGCCAAGGUCACUCAGAAGCGAGUGUGGGAUGAGCUGGACGUGUGGCACUCGUGUCUGGCAGCGCUGGAGGUGGACAUGCAGGACCUGGACAAACCAGAGGAGGCUCUGUCCCUCACCGAGAGGAUGGUGGAGGUCCAGCAGCGUCACUCACAACUGGCCAAGCAGGCCGAGCAGAGGACCACCCUGCUCAGCAAGACUCCCACGUGGCUGCAGGAGCAUCGGGAGAUGAUCAGCAGCUCUGAGAGCUGGAUGUCUGAAGCUCAGUCGUGGCUCGCGGCGCCCUGCACCUACACCAGCGCUAAGUGUCUGAGCAGCCACGUUCACUCUCUGCAGAUGGUGUUGGGUGACUCGGCACAGAUCCGCACGUCCCUGCAGGGCUUCAGCUCCGUGCUGAAGGAAAUGUCUCAGAUUUGCGACGUCACGAUUCUCCAGCAGCAGCUGGUCGAGGCCGAUCGGCAAGUGGCCGACGUUCAAGACAGCUUCACUGCUCCUCUGUCUCAGCUGGAGCAUGCUGCUGCUGAGGUGGAGGCCAUUGAGAGCGAGGUCAACCGGAUGGAGAACGAUGUGGCCGAGAUCAAGACGUUGUUAUCGUCACCAGAGACUUUCCCCAGCCCCCGAGAGGAGAGUCUGAAGGAGGUUGAGAAGAAGAUCCAGUCCAUGAGCACGACAGUGGCUGAGAUCCAGAGGUGUAAACCAGACCUUUGUCUCCCAGAGAAGUCCGAAGAGACUCUGACUGUCUUCACUGCUGUGGACCAGCUCCAGAACUUGCUGCUGGAACUGGAGAAGAAGGUCCCUGCUCUGUUCAUCCAGCAGCCUCCGACCCCGGUCCAAACCAAAGCUCCGUCGGCCGAGCAGACCACAACCCGGCCCCAGCUCCUGAAAUCCACUUCGGAGGAGUCGGAGAAGGAGGACGCGGAGGAGGGACAUAUCAAAAUCGUCCACAUGGAAGAGAAUGUGCUGACGAGACUUGGAGCGACGCUGCAGACGGUGGAGCGGUCCCCCCCCGAGCAGAGGCUCAGUCCUCAGCAGCCCGAGCAUCAUGGCGUCAUCAUGCUCCCGGCUGAAGAAGAGCAGAAAGACAGUGAGCAGCAGAGAGACCAAGAAGGUGGAGGAGGUUAUUUCUGGUGGCUCUGGGAGUUUUUCCUGGGCGUGUAUCCAGAGGAGCCUGAGGACGUGGAGUCGGAGGAAACCGAAGCUGCCUCCGGACAAAGCCCCGAAGAGAUCGGAGAGGAGACACAGGGAGCAGAGGAGCCGGGUCCAUCGUCCUCAGCAGCAGGCGUCCUCCAUGUGUGCCUGCAGAGGGCCGGCCGGCUGGAGCUGUGGCUGCAGGAGGCCCGGAGGAGCCUGGUGACCUCCACCAUGCAGGAGAACGUGGAGCAGCAGCUGCUCACCUGCCAGGAGAUGUUCCUGGAGAUCGAGCAGAAGGUGAAGACUCUGUCAUCACUCGGUCACGUUUCUGACCUGCAGCCGCACCUGGGGGCUGAUCUGGGACCUGAACUGGGACCUGAACUUGGAGCUGAACUGGGAGCUGAACUGGGAGCUAUGGGAUCCCAGCAGGAGGCCACUGAGUUGCUCUCCUCCAAACUGGAGCUCCUGAAGUCCAACCUGGUCUCGUUCCAGCAGGUGCUCCAGGACCGACAGGAAGAGGAGAGGACGACCAACCGCAAAGAGCCACAGUUGGUGCCUGACGCAGAGCGCCACCUUGAGUCCAGGCUGAGGCGCAGCAGCAGCGUUCAGGAGAUCUUCUCCUCCCCGAGGAACAAGCUCCCCAGACAGAGCAGCCUGCAGCAGCAGAAGGAGCUGGAGCAGGAGCUGAGUGAACAGCGAGGACUGACUCAGGCCAUCGCUCGACAGGGCAGCAGAGCUCGACUUCACAGCCACGAGUCGGAGGGCCGCACCCAGCUGUCACCACGUUCACCUCCUGCUGAGGCUGAUGUGGUCGGCGGCGGCGGCCCCUCGGCGUGGGACGGGCUUCACAGCCGGCUCCUGGCUCUGGAGGAGAGCUGGCUGCUUCCUCCCUCUGAGGUGACAGACUCAUCUACAAGAAGCAGUGAUGGAACAGCAGGACGUAUGAUUGGCACAGAAAACCUGAAAGAGCUUCGAACUCUAAUCAUCCAUCUGAGAGAGCUGGGAGCUCCAGCUGCAGUACCUCUGGAUGAGGUUUCCUCUGUGGACGUCUCCCAUCAGACUCUGGACCACGGCUUGUUCCACGUGCUGCUCAGAGCGUCCCUGUCUCUGUCCUCCAUCAAUCACCUGCUGCAGUCUCCUGCUGAGAGGACACAGGAGGAGCAGGAGGCUCAGCUGAGGCUGCAGCUGCUGCAGAGUCUGUCGGCCGAGCUGGCGACCCUUGGCGGGGAGCUGAGCUUGUGGGGGUCAAAGGUCACGGCUGUCCUGGGGUCGGAGUGUGGUCGGCGGUGUGUGGACGCCCUGAGCAGAGUCCUGCAUGUGGUCCAAGCUGCUCUGAGCGGCCGAGAGAAGCAGCUGAGGAACCUGCAGGAGGAGACGGCCAAGCAACAGAGACGCCUUAAAGAGUUGCAUGCAGCCUUCACCUCUAACCAGUCGACUGUUCAUCUCACAGUCUGUGAGCUCAGUGGAACGCUGGGAGCCAAUGAGCAUCUUCAGGCUGUGAAGCAGGUGCACGAGUCUCUGCAGCUGCAGGUCCAGCAGGUAGACUCUCUGCUGGAGGAGGCGGAGCUUCACAAGCUGCCGUCCUCCCUCCUCCACCAGGCCUCACAGCUGCAGGCUGAGCUGGACACGUCUCUGGGGGGGGUGGGCUCCUGCUGUGAGGAGCUGAGGAGCAGCGUGGAGGUGCAGCAGCUGUACGAGCGGCUGGUCCGCAGCCUGGAGGAGCUGCUCUCUCUGGGAUCUGAACGCCUGACGCCGGACACGGAGCUCCAGAGCAGAGCUCAGCUCCAGCAGCAGCUUGGUGCUCACACGAAGUUCUUCCAGUUCCUGGGCCAUCACUCCAGGACCCUGCAGUACCUGACCCAGAGACUCCCAGAGGACGCCCUCCAGAGGGGGGAGUCUGUCCUGACGGGCCUGCAGGACGAGGUGGCCCGACAGCUGCAGCGUGCUCUGGAGAAAGGAACCAGGAUGCAGGAGACACUACAGGUGUGGUGUCAGUGGGAGGAGGACCUUGCCUGGGCCGACUCCCUGCUGAAGGAAACUACAUUUCCCAGGAUGCACCAGGGGGGUGACAGUGAGGAGCUGUUAUCUGAGGAGCUCUCUGGCCUCCAGCUCGGUGAAGUUCUGCAGGAGAACGAGGCGCGGCUCGGUCGGGCGCUGGAGGCGGGGCUACGGCUGCAGAGGUGGGGCUGUAAGGGAGUGGGUGUGGCCACCAGUGAGCUGGAGGGCCGAUGGAGAGCCACGCGCCAGAGAGAGGACAGUGAACGCACCACGAGCGACCGAGAGAGGAAACUGAGCAACAGGUUUAUUCGUGACUCUGCGGCUCUGAGCCACUGGACCGUCCAGGCCAGAGAGAUGAUGAGCAGAUGGAGUCAGUUCGGUGUCGCAGCCUUGGAGGAGAUGGACGUGGAGCAGAGGCACGAGCACCUCCUGCAGUGUGUGGCUUUGAGGAAGCAGCUGGAGUCCAGAUGGGACCUGAAGGUCUCUGUGAUCGGAGCCGGUUCUCAGCUGCUUCAACUGAGGGAAGCGGUCGGACACUCGGACUCAAACGUGGACGACAGCGAGACUUCGGACCCACGUCUCUGCUCCCUCGUCUCCCAGCUCCGCCAGACAGAGGCGGACUGGUCCAGUCUGGUCGCUGAGGUUCCUGUCGUCCAGAGAGCGCUGCACCAGCGUUGGCUGGAGAUGCUGACCCAGCAGGGGGCGCUGCAGGAGCUGCAGGUCUGGCUCGGGGCGGCUGAGUCCCGGCUGCAGGAGAAUCACCGAACAUGGUCCACUCUCCCUGAUCUCCAGCAGAACCUGAGAUCCUUCCAGGAGUGUCAGGUGGAGCUGUUGGCCCAUCAGGCCACACUGGACCUCGUGAACCAGCCAUCGCAGACCUACAGUACCGAGGCCGGCCAGAUGGGGCGCUACGAUCACAACCAGUUUGCAGAGGACCAGGGUCGCCUCAACCACCAGUGGCUCUGUUUCCAGAAGACACUGAACUCUCAGAUCCAGGAGCUGGAGCAGACUUUGCGGAGCAGAGUGGAGCGAGAGGCCCGACUGCAGCAGAUCAACAUCUGGAUCACAGAGCAGAACCUCUGGAUGGACUCGGCCCAGACGCCGAGCAGCCAGACGGAUCUGCACAGGAGCCUCCACCGCUGCCAGGACCUGGAGGAGAAGGUCCGGCAGAAAGCUGCAGCUCUUCAGGAGCUGAGAGAGAAACUCUGUGAUGGACGAGGAGACGAAAGCUUCAUCUCCCAGAUCAAGAAAUCCAUCCAGACCUGUGCAGACCUCACACAGCGGAGUGACUCGGUGAAGCUGAGGCUGCUUCAGGCUCAGCAGCUGUGGGACCGCGUGGAGACGAGUCUGAAUCAGAUGAAGCUGAAAACACUGGGCGUGUCUCAGACUCUGGUUUAUCACAGCGACCCUCAGCUCUGCCUGCAGGCACACAGGCGUCUGCAUGAACGGCUGCAGCUUCUUCAUGAGGAGACACAAGCUGCAGAGUCUCUGAGGGACGAGCUGAGUCAAACCGUCUCGUCCCUGAGAGACAUCAUCAGUCCUGAGGCUGCUGCGCUUCUCACUGAGCAGCUGGACAGACACACACACAGUUGGACCGUGGCGUGUGGCUCUGUGCACCAGCAGCUCCAGAGAAGUCAGAGCGUCCUGCAGCUCUGGGAGCUCUACGGGCGUCUGGAGGCCUCGUUCUCCCGGCAGCUGGAGCGGCUGCAGAGCGACGUCACGUGCGCUCUGAGAGCGACGCCUGCAGACGACAACAGUCCGGAGCAGGUCGCUGUCAAGAUGACCGAGCUUCAGAGUUACCUGCAGAGGGCGGACACUUUGCAGUCUGACCUGCAGGGGGUGCUGGAGGCCUCCAAGGACCUGACUGGUCACCUGGAACCUUCGGCUGCUGCUCUGGUCCAAUCACAGAGCAGGUUGUUGACACGUGGUGUCCUGCAGCUCGUUCAGAAGCUCACGGGGGAACUGGGUCAGCUGCAGGAGGAGCUGAGGCGGCUGCAGGAGUUCGGAGGCGUCCUGGAGUCAGUGGAGAAGAACCUGGAGGUGUGGACGCAGCGUCUGGAGAACGUGGCUCAGGCAGGAGACCAGUCUGGCCUCCUGGAGCUGAGCGGCCGCUCCGCUGACCUGGACGUGCUCAACGAGCUGAGCUGCAGCCGGACGCCGGGCGACGCCGCAGCGCGACACCUGCAACGCCUCAACCGGAGCUGGGCCGCCACCACCGCCAGAGCUGAGGAGGCCUGCAGUGAGCUGCAGACGGAGUCGCUGAGGCAGCAGAGCUUCGAGCAGAAGUGUGAGAGCUGGAUGUCCUUCCUGCAGAGGAUGGAGGACGGUCUGGCUGUGGACGUGGCCGGGUCGUACGCCGGCCUGCGGCAGCAGCUCUGCACACACAAGCGGUUCCAGGCCGAGCUGUCCACCGGUCACCAGAUCCUCCACUCGGUCAUCACUGAAGCUCUGCACCUGCUGCAGAGAGGAGAGCUGGACGACAGGAGUGACUUCAUCCUGAAGCUGGCCCAGCUCAGGGAGCACUGGCAGGGGGCGGUGCAGCGGGCCGACCAGCGGCGCUCCCUGGUGGAGGGGCUGGUGAGGCACUGGCACCAGUACGACCGCAGCCUGAAGAAGCUGCAGAAGUUCCUGUCGGACACACACGCCCUCCUCCCCCCCACUGGGCCCCCCCGCUGCAGCCUGCAGCAGCUCAGGUGCUCGCUGAGAGACCUGCAGCACACGGAGCUGCUCUUCCAGAGGUAUCAGUGCAGUUUCAUCCACACGCUGGAGGUCGGCCGGCAGCUCUUUGCCAUGGGGGACGAGGAGACCCAGACUCAGCUGCAGACGGAGCUGGGGACCCUGCAGGAGGAGUGGGACAGCCUCCAGUCUCAGCUGGGCCGGAGGGUGGACCUCACCGAAGCCAUCGUCAAGAACUGGGAGCACUGCGAGGCCGGACUGGGCCACAGCGAGCUGCAGCUGAAGGACCUGAAGACCCUGGUGAACCAGAUGAUUCCCCAGUGGGACGAGGAGCUGCAGAGGAACCAGAGAUUCAUCAAGGAGAACGAGGACUCCCUGGAGGACUGGGCCCAGAGCCUGACGGAGCUGAGCACCAUGAAGACGGAUCUGUCCCAGUACAUCAUCGCCGAGGACGUCCUGCUGCUGCAGGAGCAGGUGGAGCACCUGCACUGCCAGUGGGAGGAGCUGUGCCUCAAGGUGUCUCUGCGUAAACAGGAGAUCGCCGACCGCCUGAACGCCUGGAUCAUCUUCAACGAGAAGAACAAGGAGCUGUGUGAGUGGCUGACCCAGAUGGAGAACAAGGUGCAGAACAACUCCGACCUCAACAUCGAGGAGAUGGUGGAGAAACUCAAGAAGGAUUGUAUGGAGGAAAUCAACCUAUUCAGUGAGAACAAAACGCACCUGAAGCAGCUCGGAGAACAGCUGAUUAGCGCCAGCAACAAGACCAAGGAGACGGAGAUCAACGACAAGCUGAAGGACAUCAACGACCGCUGGCAGCAUCUGUUCGACCACAUCGAGUCCAGGGUGAGGAAGCUGAAGGAGACGCUGGUGACGGUGCAGCAGCUCGACAAGAACAUGAGCAACCUGCGCUCGUGGCUGUCCCGCAUCGAGGAGGAGCUCGCCAAGCCGGUGGUCUACGACGUCUGCCACGGAGAAGAGAUCCAGAGGAAACUGGCCGAGCAGCAGGACCUGCAGCGGGACAUCGAGCAGCACACUGCGAGCGUGACCUCGGUGCUGACGCUGUGCGACGUCCUGCUCCACGACGCCGACGCCUGCGGCUCCGACUCGGAGAACGACUCCAUCCAGCAGACCAGCCGGAGCCUGGACCGGCGCUGGAGGAACAUCUGCGCCAUGUCCAUGGAGAGGAGGCUGAGGAUCGAGGAGACCUGGCGUCUCUGGUGUAAGUACCUGGACGACUACUCUCGCUUUGAGGACUGGCUGAAGAGCGCCGAGUUCACCGCCGCCACCCCCGACUCGGCCGGCGUCCUCUACACCAGCGCCAAGGAGGAGCUCAAGAAGUUCGAGGCGUUCCAGCGGCAGGUUCACGAGCGCCUGACUCAGCUGGAGCUCGUCAACAAGCAGUACCGCCGCCUGGCCCGCGAGAAUCGAACCGACGCCGCCAGCCGGCUCAAGGUGAUGGUGCACGAGGGGAACCAGCGGUGGGACAGUCUGCAGAGGAGGGUGGCCGCCGUGCUGCGCAGACUCAAGCACUUCACCUCUCAGAGGGAAGACUUCGAGGGAACCCGGGAGGCCCUCCUGGUCUGGCUGACGGAGAUGGACCUGCAGCUCACCAACGUGGAGCAUUUCUCCGAGAGCGACGUGGAGGACAAGAUGAGACAACUCAACGGCUUCCAGCAGGAGAUCACCCUCAACACCAACAAGAUCGACGCCCUCAUCGUGUUCGGGGAGAACCUGAUCCAGAAGAGCGCUCCUCUGGACGCCGUGCUGAUCGAGGACGAGCUGGAGGAGCUGCACUCCUACUGCCAGGAGGUGUUUGGACGAGUGGCCCGAUUCCACCACCGCCUGGUCAACAGACGCCCGGUGCUGGAGGAGGAGAGGGAGCUGUCGGACCGGGACUCGGACCUGGACGACUCGACCGAUCUGACCGACGGGACCUCGUGGGGAGAAACCAGGAAGAAGGAGGAGGAGCUUCCAGCGGCGGGCGGAGUCUCAGCGGGACGCCAGGCCAUGUGUCACCUGGUGGCUCCUCCUCUGGAGCGGUCGGGCAGGGAGACGCCCGUCAGCGUGGACUCCAUCCCGCUGGAGUGGGACCACACCGUGGACGUGGGGGGGUCGUCGUCCCACGAGGACGAAGAGGACGCCUCCUUCUUCAGCGCGCUGUCAGAUGUGAAGGUCGCAGAGAGUUCAGAGGCGUUUGUUAAAGCCACCGUCAGAGCGGUGAACGCAGCCUCGGUGAAGUCGGUGAGCGACCCCCCCAGCUGGCACCAGCCCCGCUCCCCCGACAGGAAACGAGUUCCCCGAGAAAUCCUCGGAGGCCUGAGCUCGUCCCCGACACCCACCGGCAGCCCCCCCUUCCACCCGCAGGGCUACGCGAAGCUGAUGUCGGAGUGCAGCGGCAGCAUCGACCGCGUGAAGAGAGUGAAGCUGAUCCUGAACGACGAGGAGGAGGAGCUGGAGGAGGCGGGGCUGACGGGCGGCAUGGCCGACAAACACACCAGCACGGGUGUGAUCGAGCGCUGGGAGCUGCUUCAGGCUCAGGAGCUCAGCAGGGAGACGGACAUCAAGCAGGACCUGGAGCAGUGGCAGAAGCUGAACUCCGACCUCUGUGAUGUCACUUCCUGGCUGGGCCGGGUGCUGCCGGAGCUGGAGAGGCUGCAGCGCAUCGCACCGUCCACCAGCAUCCGAGACAUCGAGGUCAACAUCCGGAGGCUGAAGGAGAUGCAGAGGAGCUUCAACAGCUACAAGGUUCCGAUGAUCUCCGUCAACCUGAACAGUCGCCACUUCCUGCGCGGCGACAGCGCCGAGCUGCAGGAGCUGCAGGAAGCUCUGAGCGCCGCCAACCUCAGCUGGACGCAGGCGUGCGGCGGCCUGGAGAGCUGGGAGAGGAGGCUGCACGCCGCCCUCAUGCAGUGUCAGGAGUUCCAGGAGACGCUGCACUCUCUGUUGUUGUGGUUGUCUCAGGCCGAGAACCGACUCCACGCUGUGAACGCCAGCGACCUGUCGACCUCCCGCUCCGUGCUGCUGCAGCGCAGAGACGCCCUGAUGGACCUGCAGGAGGAACUGCGUGGCCGUCAGCGCCAGGUGACCUCCCUGCAGGAGAUCUCAGCUCAGCUCCUCCUGGAGGCCACGGGACACGACAGCCUGGAGGCCAAGGAGAAGGUCCACGUCAUCGGCAACAAGCUGCAGCUCCUGCUGCGCCAGGCGGCCGCCGACCUGCACACGCUGCAGGGACGACUGUCUCAGGAAACCGGCUCUGCCACUUCUGAGAUGGACAGUGUGGGUCUGGGAGCACUGAGCUCUGAGCUGCUGCUGCACAAGCCGGACGCUCUUCGACCGGCAGGCGGACGAACAGCAGCCAGAAGAUCCAGGGAGGAGCGGAGGGGCCCCCCCCCACACCGACCCUUCUUCUACCGGGUCCUCCGAGCCGCCUUCCCCCUGCACCUGCUCUUCCUGCUGCUGCUGGUCCUGGCCUGUCUGGUUCCUCUGUCCGAGGACGACUACAGCUGCACCCUGUCCAACAACUUCGCCCGCUCCUUCUACCCGAUGCUACGCUACACCAACGGGCCCCCCCCCACAUGAGCACUGCCACCCCCGGUUCAGGUUGAAAUCCAGAACGGACACUUCCGAGACCCUGUCCCACAGAAACCCACCAGCUUCACGUCCGAAGGCCUCAAUGUGUUUUUAUUUGACUCUAAAUUUUAUUGGUGUAUUUAAAAUCGUAUAUUUAUUAUCUGUGCAACGCUACAGUUCUUCAAAACGAAGCCAUUUUACUGGUCUGUUUCAAAGCACUGUGGUUUUUAAAUGUAGAUUCUCCAGGUCACGUCUAAAAUACACAAAACCAAGUCCUGAAGAUUUAUUUUGAUAUUUAUAUUUUGUCGUUACCAAAGCAUCCGGAAGCUGAAAGGUUCACUCGCCAUUUUCUACCACUGCAGCUGUUUCUACUGUUUUUUCACAGACGGCAGAAAUUAGCUGGAAUCACAUUUUUGUACAGAAGUGAAAAGACGUUUGUGAGAUUUAGACGUUUUAUAACAUCUGAGCUUUUAAUGAACUAAACUCUGGCAGUGACUCUUCUGCACACGAGCCUUUCUGCAGCCAACACAUCAGAUAACGAUUUGUACCUGUCAUGAAUUUUGUAUAUAACCGCAAACUUCAGAUCCAGAGAUAACGCCAAUGAUUGCUUUGUGUGUGAAUAAGUGUUUGAGAUUAAUAUAAAGUUCAAAUAGUUUGAGUGCCACAGACACACAGUGUGAAAAGAAUGAAGACAUAUUUUAUUGUAAACGGUCAUAAAAGUCAAGAUGUGUUUCAGAUUAAAGCUGCGUUCAGCAACGUUUGACCACAAGAGGGCAGAAAAUCCCCCUGAAGCACAACCACGAUAAAUCUGUUAACUAAUCAAGCUAACAUCACAGCGUAAAAACUAUAAAACACAUGAAGCAGAGCAGCAUCUUCAUCAUCAGCGGUGACUCCUCAACGAAAGUGACGUUUUUAUAUUUGCAGAAUGUUCACGCUGAUGACGAUUGAUUUAAAUUAGUAUUUACAUAAUUAAGAUCCAAGUAAACACGCGUCUGACGUAGAUCAACGUAUUUUUCUAACGUUUGAGACCUUGUGAAAACGAGGGCUGCACGAUAUUUCAAAUAGAUCAUCCUGAUAUCAACAUGUGAGAAACACAUCGUGAAAGUCUGCGUGAACUGUGAUAACAAAUGUUCCAUGUGCCUUAAACGCUGCAUCCGUUAAUCUAUAUGACCAUCAGAUGGAGCCCCGCCCCAGAUUAUAGAUCUCUAUCCCUCUCUCUGUCCUGAUCUGUCUCUCUCUCUCUCUGACUGUCCGUCUAUGGACAGGACACAUCCCAUUAGAAUUUGUAAAGUUGGUCAAAGUAUCUGGAGAUGGCGGCUCACUGGGUUUGGCUCAGAGUCCGAGAGGAGCAGUAAAUUACUGACCGGGCCAGUAAGAAUAUUAAGAAUAUAACUUUUCACGGCCCAAACAGCAACCCUUUCAUUUUCAGUGUCUGCCUAGGCCCUUAGCUGUGCAAGGCAGAAAGACUUUAACAACGUGAACUCAUAUCACACGGUCCAAAGGAAACCUCAUGAGCACAAACAUCAGGCCUCAUCAUGUGUUUAAAACUCUGUCUCAGCCGGAACCCUCCACGUCAGACCGGGAAGUAAAACCAGGAAUUAACCAUUAAAUACGUGAACUCCCAAAUACUUCAUGUUAUAUAUCAUGUUGCUCAUUUUCAAUGUUAAUAUGAAUAUCAGAGGAUUUUGUGUCAUUUGAUUUUAAAUUUUUAAUCCUAAUUUGUAAAUAAUCUCUCAAGCUCGGCUCAGACGAGCAAACACGACACAGACAAACGAGGAAGACGUGUGUAAAGUUUGAUUUUAUUUUGUGAACACUUAUUUAUGGGAUGUAUAGAUUGUUGUUACUGAUUGACAAUAAACUGUGUUUGCCAUGAUUUGCUGGCUCCAGGAUCCAGGAAA